UCAUAGAUCUUAACCGGGAAGACAGGGGAUAAGGUCAAGAAGGGGAUAGAGAGCCUGCACGAACGGGUGCACGGGGUCGAUAGCAAGAUGGACAGAAUGGAAAAUGCACUGUUAGUAAUGCACGCGCAAGUGUCCAGACCCGCCCUCCCACCCCAAGAGGCCGUGGUUUCGGCAGCUGUAACAAACCGGGGGUUUGGCAGGAGGGACCCGGCCAACGAACAAUGCAAGUAUUGCACCAUGAUCGGGCAUUUCGUACGGGCUUGUCCGAGACUCAAUCACAAUAUCGAGCGGCAGAGGUGCAGUAGGUCCCUCAAAGGCGAGAUCCUCGGACCCAGGGGGGAGCGUGUUAAUUGGAACUCGCCAGGAGGGAUGCAGCAAGCCGUCAUCCUCCUGAAUAACUUAGAGAUAGCUGCAGUAGAAGCAGAGCCGAUAGCCGAGAUUGUCUGGGACCAGCCAAGGGGACGGGGACCACAGGCCAAUUUUAUCCUAGAAGGCAAUGGCCAGGACAAGGUAAAUAUUACCACUCGCCGGGCGGGGGCAGAAAAGAAGCUCAUCCAAGAUACAGUAAUGGAGGAACUCGCAGUGACUAGCACGGGCCAGCAAGAGACCGAAGCCGCGGAACAAGAGAAGGUCUAUGGGAAGCCAAGGGAGGACGAACCGGUAGACAAGGCUAUGGCCGCAAAAAAGAAGUUCAGGUAUCAAAUUCCGAUCCUGACUUCGCAAGAAAUUGAUGGCACCUUGAGUAAGCUACUGGGUACCAUGGUAUCGGUGUCCUUUCAGACCAUGCUGCAAGCCAGCCCAAAGCUGCUUAAAGGACUCAGGCAGCUGCUAACGCGUAAGCACGUAGAGGUAGAGGAGGCCCCGGAACUGCAAGAGCAGGACACAGAGGAGGCCGAGGCGCCGCAAGGAGUCUCCAACCUCCAAAGCAUUCCAAGGGGCUUGGGAGAGUUGGAGAAAGCCUUUGCGGACAUCCGCCUAAGCCUACCGGAUUGUGAAGGUGGUGAAGUCAUGAGGACGCCAGUUGGGAAAAAGUUCAAAUCGGAACUCACCACACUGACGCGUUAGUGGAUGGCGGAGCAGAAAUCACCCUUAUACGACGGGAUUUCGCAACGGUC